UGAGCAAGCCCAUCCAUUCGCUUCGUUUUUCAUCAUCGCUCUGACCUCCGCCUUUUUUUUUGCCUGCUGGAAUCUAAGCUGAACGGUUCGCCUGCCUUUGAAUACCUGAGCCAAGCCGAGCUGCGCCAGACUAAAACCUCUUAACGGUCACUAUGGAUAUUGCCAUUCAGCAUCCCUGGUUUAGACGGGCCCUGGGCUCGGUCUACCCUGCUCGACUCUUCGAUCAGUUCUUUGGAGAGGGCAUGUUUGAUUAUGACCUCUUCCCAUAUGCCGCUUCUACUAUAAGCCCUUAUUAUAGACAGUCCCUUUUCCGAAGCUUUUUGGAUUCUUCCAACUCUGGAAUGUCUGAGGUGAGGUCUGACAGAGAUAAGUUCACAGUCUAUUUGGACGUCAAACACUUCUCUCCUGAUGAGCUGAGUGUGAAGAUCACGGAUGAUUACGUAGAGAUCCAAGGAAAGCACGGAGAGAGACAGGAUGACCACGGUUACAUCUCCCGUGAGUUUCACAGACGCUACCGCCUCCCUUCCAGCGUGGACCAAUCAGCCAUCACUUGCACGCUGUCCGCUGAUGGUCUCCUGACACUGACCGGGCCGAAAGUUGGCGGGGGGAGCGAAUCCGGCCGUAGCGAGCGCAAGAUCCCUGUCACUCGUGAUGACAAGCCCAAUGUUGCUGCCUCUUCCUAAAAGCUUAAGUGGUGGAUGAUCUCCACAUAUUCUCCAUUCCCUAACACUCGCUUCACUCCUACCCCCCCACCCCUAGCGUGUUCUUAGCAUAAUCUCAUAGAGCAUCUCUAGUAUUUUUUUUUUAACAAAAAAUGCUCCUGUGAGAAAAGUUUAGGUCAAGCGGUCAAGUUGUCAUCUGCUGAUAAAAAGGUACAAACGUUACACUCUGCUUCCAUUACUGCACCAGACCAUGAAACUUCUCCUCACAGGUCUUCCAUUAUAUCCUGUCUUGUAGUCUAUGCCUUGUUAACUGGAUACCUCUACACUGAGAAGUCCGUGCUAAAGAAAAAAAAAGAAAUAAAGCUACACAAUUAACAAUA